AUGUCUCAGUGUGCAUUCAGAAGACUUGUCACUGGGGUUUUAAGCGUGCAGCGAUUUGAAGCCAACCGUGCGCUCUUGCGUGCUGGAAGCUCUGUGAAGACAAACAAGAGGUGUUGGUCUGAUGAAGUGAAGGACAGUGAAAGGAGUCAGGCCUUUGAUGUUUCUAUUCUUGAGUUUCUUGUUUGUCCACUGUCCAAAAAGCCUUUGAGGUACGACGAAAAGGGUAAUGAAUUGAUCAACGAGGAGCUUGGCAUUGCUUAUCCCAUCAUUGAUGGUAUUCCUAACAUGAUCCCACAAGAUGCCCGAAAGAUCCAGAAAACAGAAGCAACUGAACACCCCCUCUAA